AUUCCCAUUCCAAUCAUUUCAUUUCUAGAUGGACUUAUCCAGCAUUCUGACCCAUUGCCUAGAGGAAAAACUAAGACCUUACAGAAGGCCAAUAUACCAACAGGGCCUGAAGCAGUGCUUUAUAUUCAACCAAGCAAUUCAGCAAGUGCCCCAGCCUCCCCUCGGGAAAUGAUCAGUUUAAAAGAAAGAAAAACAGAUUACGAGUCAACUGGAACAAAUGCUACUUACCAUGGGAAUAAAGGAGAGCAUACUUCUCGAAAAGACACCAUGACAGGUCAGAACUCUGGAAUCUCUACUUUGUAUAGAAAUUCUUACGGUGCACCUGCUGAAGAUAUCAAACACAACCAGGUUUCAACACAGCCGGUCCCGCAGGAGCCCACAAGAAAGGAAUACGAACCAUAUCAGCCAUUUCAAAAUUCAUCAAGAAACUAUGAUGAGUCCUUCUUCGAAGACCAAGUGCAUCAUCGCCCACCUGCCAGCGAGUACAACAUGCACCUGGGACUCAAGUCCACUGGCAACUACGUUGAUUUCUAUUCUGCUGCUCGGCCCUAUAGUGAACUUAAUUAUGAAACAAGCCACUAUCCAGCCUCUCCAGAUUCCUGGGUUUGAGAUUUUGGGCAAGGAAAAAAAAAGAAGAGCUCCAGGAACUGUGCAUGUGCAUGCAUAUCACAAGACAUUCUUUUCCUGCAAAUUUAGUUUGUUAAAGCCUGUUCCGUAGGAAGGCCCUAAUACUCAGUCUGGAACAAUUAAGGUAUCUUUAGAUGGCUAAAAGAAUGGGAAACUAAGUGCGGGCGUGUUAUUAGAAAGAGUGGGAUGUGUAUCUAUUUCUGUAUCUAUAGAAUCCUAUCUCUUAAAUAUAGAUAUAGAAAUAUACUGGGGGGAGGGCAGCUUCGCAGUUGACCUUGUAAUGUAGAGUUUAAAACCAAUAGUACUGUACACUGAAUGUGGCUGAAGGAAGUUAGGGAAGUUACAACCACUGAAGUGAGUCCAGAGUUAAGCACAAGAAAAUGAACAGUUUACAAACCUUAUGGGGGACAGCUUCCCACCCUUUGUUUCCUCUCCAUCCAUUGUGAAUUUAGGCUUCAAGUUGCAUUUGGGAUUUCCUCUGUACAGCAAGAUGUUUCUUGCCUUUUGUUAAUGCAUUGUUGUAAAGUAUUUGAUGUACAUUACAGAUUUAAAAAACCAGAGAGAAAGAGGGAGCAAAGUGCAUUGUGUAUAUUACAUCAAUGCCACCGUGUUUCUUCAUCUAUGGUUCUAAAUAUUGCUUCAAUUACACAACUUUGAAAUAUGUAUGAAUUUCCAGGGGUAUGGGAGGGAUUUUUUUUCCUUUUCCUUUUUUUUCUUUUACCCAGUAUGUUUUAACAGGAGAAAACAAAAACUGAUAUUUAGCAGUAUUGUUCGUUCUGAUAUGUGAAAUGUUUGUGGCAACUAAAAAAAAAAAGGCAUUCAGCAGUUUCUGAUAAUUAACAUUCAUCAUUCCACACUCCUUGUCAACAAAGUGCUUUUUCACUGCCUAAAAUUUUAGAUGUAGAUAUUUGAAAUAGAUUUUUUUUUCAUUUAUACCAGUUUUCUUUAUGAUGAUACAGUGUUAAAAGAAAAUAAAUUACAAUUGAUCUGUCAUCCAUAUUUGCUAAGAAUGUCUAUUUCCAAGAUCCUUAAUCAAAAUAUACAUUCUUGCUCAUGUAUGUACGUAUGUGUGUGUCUGUCCUCAAAACAUGUGCAUACUAUUUUGUCUGUACGUUUGUGCAGCAUAAAAUUGUGUUCCAUCACGGUGUUGCCAGACAUAAUAGAAUUAUGUUUUGUGUAUAAGAAUCUGGUGGCCUUCAGAUGAAAUUCAUUCUGCACGCUCAUACACAAAAAGAAACAGGUGUAUAGGCUUGUGUAGCAAUACAUUUGGGUGUUGUUUUUGUUGUGUUUCUGCUUUGGAUGGAAGACGGUAUUGUAGACCUUUUUAAUAUUUCAAGCCAAAAUGUUGAAUAGGAGAGGAUGUUUUACACUAGUAAACUAAGGUUGUUUUCCCAAUCUGAUAGGGAAGAGAUCUAUGCUCUGCUGAUACCUGUAGCAAGAAAAGCAAAGUAUAGUGGGGAGGAAGGCAGGGGAAGCUAUGUAACUUUCAUUAUUACAGCCCCCUAAGUGGAAAACGAUGUCUGGGGCAUUGCUUGAGAUGCUCUGCUGACUUCAAAGUAAACCAGUCCAGCAGAAGAGUAAACAAAUUUCAUAGAAAGCUCAAAACAUGGUGAUGGGUUCUAAUUUGUAUCCUAAUCUACCCAUUUCCAAAUAGUAUGGAAAAUACCAAACACUGUCAGUUUUCAACAUAUAUCUAAACAAAUUUAACAGAUGGGAGAAGAAGUCUGGUCUACAUGUUAGAAACAUUGGUAAGUAUAAGCAAUCCUCAGUAGCACUUCAGUGGGGUAUUGUAGUCAUUCUCUUCCAUCCUGUGGUGGUGCAACACAUCACCUUCAUAUGUGAAGGCUAUAUGACACUGGCAAUAACUUAGAUGCAGCAUUGCUCCUGAGAAAGAACAAUAACCUCUGGUUAGCCAAAUCAUUGGAGGCAGAUCAGAAAAUGGGAGGAGAAUCAGAUGUUCAGUAUCCAAUUGUUGUUAAGUUAGAGUCGAAUUCAAUUAACACAUGCUGUAAAAUUAAUCUGAAUUAUUUUAAUAACUGGUAAUUGAUGAUCAAGUGAUAGGAACUGCAGGACGGAACUCUUUUGAGGAUGUCAUUUAUCUAGGCUUCAGGCUAAAUUUUGUUUUAAGAAACAAACACAUUUUUAAAUCUAUGGUCACAGUUUCAGCUUUUGCAAUCUUUGACCUUUAAGUGACUAAAUAUUUCUGAGUUGUUAACUCAGAGCAGAUACAACAGAAAGAAGGGCAUAUCCAUAGACAGGAUUUGCUGGUCUUUUAAAAAAAGUAAUAAAUUACUGAAUUAAGAUUUGAGUCUUAGCAUAUGGUGCAUCCCUACAUUUGGUAGUAUUUUGUGUAACAGUCAGAUAUUUGUUUUAAAUGAAGGGGUGUUUGGAGCCCAGACACUGUAUUUGCCUGCUUAAAAUCUUGCAAGAACUGGGCAGCAAAUAUUACACUUGCAGCAAGUGAUAUGAAUUCCCUAAAUCCACAGCACCCUCCAUUUCUGCUACGCAACAUCUCACCCUGAAGUCUUCCAGGAGAACUUCAGAAAUUAUCGCAAAUGUAGCAAAAGCAACUGUUAGUUGAACCUUUGAUUACUGAUCCUUUUCCAGUCUGUUGUGUCUGUCCUACUACUAAUAUACUGUAGAACCGAAAGUCACCAAUGUGACAGGAAUGGUUUUGGAAACUGGACUUGUUGUUUUUCUUUUUCCCUCCUGUGAGAAUAUUGUCCCACAAACAAUUUGAAAGAUGAAAUGUUUCCCUGAAUAUUGUUUGGGCUAGGGACGAGUAACCAAGACUGUGCCCUCAAUUUGUAAAGGGUCAGAACUAGAUCAAAAAAGUUCAUCCACCACUUCUCAUGAACAAGUGCAGGUCAUUGUAGAAACUGCCUGUGGUAUCCUGGGAUUUUGACCAAUCGUUGAUGCUCAAAAACCUUUGCAGUGAAAUCUGUGAACAGUGGAGAAUGUAGUAUUUGAUUCAUGUAUUUCUCUGUCUUCUCUGGUCUAUUGCUGUAACAACAGUUGUGUGAGGUAGAUUGGGAUAAGAGAGAAAAUGGCUGGUUAUAGGUCACCCCAGUGAGUUUCCAUCAUUAAGAAUGGAUAAGAUGUUAGAAGCAGAUCCAAGACCAAUCCUCCCUGUCUUAAUCCCACAAUUUAGCUACUCUACUACGUUGUGUCUCUAU